CCAAGACCAAGACCAGCAGAAGAUACCAGACCAGCAGACAGUAUGCAGUGUGUAGGUUAUCCCGCCAUCUUUGUUCUCGUGGUGUUGGUUCUGUGCGGUCCGGGUGUUUCCUCACAGCCUGACAGAGACCAGGACCAGUACCAGAACCAAGACCUGGACCUGGAGCUGCGUCAUCACCGGCUGCUGCAAAGAGCUCGGAGCACAGGUCUCCUGUCACAGGAGUGGAGUAAACGUGCAGUGGAGGACCUGCUGGCUCAGAUGUCUCUGCCCGAGGCCGACGCCCAGAGAGAAGCUGAAGUGGUUUCCAUGGCAACAGGAGGAAGGAUGAACCUGGAGCGCUCCGUUGACCCACCCAACAACCUGCCCCCCCGCGAACGCAAAGCCGGGUGCAAGAACUUCUACUGGAAAGGCUUCACUUCCUGUUAAUGCCCCGCCCAGCUGAGGCCACACCUUCACCGGACCAACCGACCAAUCCCAGAUCACUUGACCUUCACCUGAGCAACUGGACGGACCAAUCAGCAGCUGUCUGGCUGCAGUGUACCUGAAUAAUUAAUGUAAUUAUCAAUUA